GCAAUAUGGCUUCCGCCAGCGCGAGCAAGUGAGAGUAGUCAAGUUGACAAUCGCGUUUGUUUCGCUUUAAUCAUCAAAUAUCUUGAGGGACAAAUAAUACGUGUACUCACGUAAUAGCUCGAUUCGCGUAUUCGCUUCGUGGGAAUAUUGUUUUUUCGUGUUCUCGUUGACGUUACGAGUGUCCGAGGAGUUUUGAAAUCUCGAGAUUACCGAGAUCGUGUGUGCGAGCGAGGGAGACGGAGAGCGCGAGCGAGAAGGAGAAUCCGUGAAAAGGAGUAGCAGAGAGCAGUGGUGGGAAAGAGAGAGAGAGACGCAAAAAACAGACAGAGACAGAUAGACGGUGGCUGAUCAAGUGUGGAGGGCACGGUAGUCGUUGUGUCGUCGAUCGGUACACAAACCUCACGCCAGAGCGCCCCUUCUCUCUUCCAAUUGAUACGUGUGUGCGCGUUUAAAAGUGUACAAACCCUCUAUGUGCAUGCACUCGUGCACACGUCUGCAUAUGUUUCUUUUUCGCGUCGAGAACAUUUUGCUCCAUCUCUUUCAGCCCUCGGAGCACGUUUGUCCACGUAAAUAAAUUUAAUAAUGAAAAUAAAUGAACAAGGAGACUCUUUACGCGAGUGUAAACGAUUUUGAGUUUUAAACGAGCAUUUUAAAGUCGCGAACGUUUCGCGUUGAAAACAAAUCUUGGAAAUAAUAUUCUUUCUUUUGCUAAAACGUGGGAGCCCGAAUAAGCCGCUCUUCGUUUUUUUUUUCUCGUCAGGAGAAGCUCGCGCGCACCUUUUGCUUCGCAUUGACUCGAGAAUGUUGACGACGUGCGCGGCUGACAGUAUGAGAAAACAUCGAAAAUUUAAAAACACUCGCUAACGUGCCAACGCCGUGACGUUUUUUUCCUUUCAUUUGUUCGCCCAUGCGCGUACAUUCUGAAUAAUCGUUUUUCAAAAUGCAGAUACGGGACAAAUGUGGAUGAUAACGGAUUCCGUUAAAUCACGAAGAUACAUAAAUUUUCUUGGGUUUCGUGUGUUUUUACAAGUAUCUCCGGAAUAGAGUACUCGCCGUAACUGUUUUACCGCGCAUCAACGCGCGCUCGAGUCUCUCCGUCCGUGUGUCUUCUGUUUGCAAAAGAGAAAGAAGGAUAUUUAUACGCAUAUCGAGAAAGAGAGUGAGCGAGUGCGACCGGAGCGUUUCGUCCCUCCCCUCCUUCUCUUUUUCACCGCUCUCGCACACAACUCGAGUCAUUUUCUCUGCUGGUCGUUCGGCUAAAGCGUGUCGAAGUGUUCUCGCGCGCGUACACAUCGAGAGCGAGCACACGCGCUCACACCCAUACGAAAUACGUUCGUCUUCUCUCCUCGAGAGACAUUGUUAUCCUCGAGUCUUUAACAUGUGUACAUGAAGCCAAUAUCGCAUCGUAGAACGCCUGUUUAUACUUUUAUACGUAUAUUCCGAGGUGCGCGUUCGUCCCGAGUCUUCUCCGCGGCUGUCCAAACUCUCGACAAUCAUCUCGAGGCAUCAAUUAAUCUCCUUAAUAAAUAAACGGUUCGAUCGGGCCCCGAAUCACCGGUGAGACACCCACCAUCCCACCAGCAAGAGAAACAUCUGAGAAGAGAGGAGAAAGGGAGAAAUUAAAAAACGGCGUCGAGUGCGAGAGAGGGAGAGAAAGCAGGGAAACGCGGCUUUCCGAGAGAACGUUUCUCGCUGCGAGGUGGUGAGAGCGAGCGAGCGAGCAAGAGACAAAUACACAGCGAGAGAAAGAGAGGCCACGGUAGAGUAGAGUCGGUGGUGGUGCUCUCGUGCCUGCUCCCUGCCCGUCGUCGUCGUAGUCUCUCCGACGUCCUCGUAGUAUAGUCGUCGUCGAUUUUUGUGCUCUCCCCGUGCGUGCGUGUAUGCGGCAAACCGUACAACGGUGUGCACAUUGGUGUGCGCGCACGAGAAGCUCGACGAGGCGCGCAACGAUGAAACGUCCGAGUGAGAGAGAGAGCCAGAAGAAGGAGAAGGAGAAGGAGAGUCCUGAGGAGUGAGCGAGCGAGCGAGCGACGUUGCCGGAGCUCUCUUCCACUUUCCCCUCCUCCCGCUUCCCGCGCCUUACCGCCCCCCGCCCUCGGCCCUCUCUCCGGGACAACUCGUGCCACCGCUAUCGCGCGUAGUAGUAGUAAUACACUGUAUAAACACAUAUUUAUACGUGUAUAUAUGUAUAUAGAAAUAGAGCGAGGACGGUGAGGAAGAAGACAGGAAAAAAGAGAAGCCGAUUUAUACGAGUGUCUUCUUCUUGCUCCGCUUGUGUUUUUGUGCGCACACGUGUGUCCGUGUGUGCGCGCGCGUGUGCUAUAACGACAGAGCACUGCAGAUACGUAUAUCAGAAGAAGAAUACAAAAAGGGAGAGAGAAAAAAAGUGAAGCAAGUUGCUCGACGGAACGCAUAAAAAAGGCUAAACAGACUGGCCGAAAGUGUUGCUCGUUUAAUGGAAAUACAUCGAGAGCGAAGCGCGCUUCGGGAACCUCUUCGAGAUAGCCAAAGAAAUAUUGUUGUCAUUUUCGUAUUACACGAUUGAGGAACGAUUGAGACGAAAGACUACUCUCUAAGGGGCUCGAGAACUCUUUCCGCGAAGCCGUCGUUCCUCCCGUUCCUUAACCCGCGAACCUCGCCUCGUUUCCUCACUCUCGGUGUCCCUUCUGGCCUCUGUGUUACCUCCUCAAUCUCAAACGUUACGUUGUGCUACUGGAGAAUAACGCGGCGAAGAAUACACGCUGAUGCCAUGAGAGACAACCAAGUGACGGACGACACGUGACACUACGACGCGUUACGAGGAGAGCACGAGCUCGCGCGCCUCUCUGUCCCCUUAAAAAACUCGACGCCAUGAAGAGGCCUCGCGUGGACCGGGACCGGCUUCGAGAGCGGGAACGUCAGGCCCGCGCGGCGAUGUCGGUCCAGGCGGAACAGGCGGCAGCGGGAGGCGGUCCGGACACCCGCCACGGCCAUCACCAUCACGGUCAUCACAAUCACGGGCAUCAUCACACAAAUCCACACGCGUCCGCUUCCUCAUCGCUCUUUCCCCGUGCCCCAGUUAGGGUAAAUCCGGACGCUCAGGAUCGCACAACGCUUCAGAUACAAUCGAAACUGGGUGAUUAUACCCUCGUGAAGCAUUUGCUCGACGAGCCCAAGCGUCUGAUUGGGAUCGAGGGCAUACCGGCUAGUCCAGCGCCCGCGGGCGCUUCUGCUGCUAGAAUACCCUCGGUCACCAACACAUGCAGGAGCUCACCGUCGUCCCAAGAGUUCAAGAAGCCCGGAAGCGGACCUCGCUCCUCGUCAGGCUCGAACUCAUCUUCCUCGGCGAGCAACGCCAACACCGGUACAACCACCAAUCCAACCUCCUCGACAUCCUCGAGUCACGCGUCACAAAGAGGUGGAUUCGUCAAACCUGCCGACGGCAAACCGCCUUACGGCGGCAGAGGGGGAUAUCCUGGCUUACCGGUCAAACACGGUGGCAACAGCAACGAUCAUCGGAGCCACGGAAUUCUUCCGGCCAAGGGACCACCUCUUUCUUCUUCUUCUUCUUCUUCUUCUUCUUCUUCUUCUUCUUCAUUGUCCACCUCCUCCUCUUCGUCAACUACGAAUCCUCAUACGGGAACAACGGGUUCGAGCGGUAGUCUCGUGACUUCCGGUAACGGCUCUUCAACCGUUACGAACACCAGCUCCGGUACUCCUGUUAACUCCAACAGAAUACACUCGGCAGCUUCCAGAUUAUCGAGGCUACCCCUCGACAAUGGUACGGUUUCUCGGCACGGUAUUAACGAAAACUCGGCCGAUUUGGAGCACAUUCUAAAGGAAAUGACGAUGCCGCCCACACCACUCACGGCCAUAGCUCAGACACCGAGGAAAGAGCUCGAGUCCAAGUUCACUUUCAAUCCGGUCCUGGCUAAGCUGACCGAGGUGCCAUCAGUCGAGCCAUCGAAGCCACCGCCUCCUCCACAACGCGAGCGGCACGCAACUACCAGGCUAUCAGCGGAUCUCGAACGCGAUCUUAGCCUCUCCGAAGACAGUGAGGAUGAGGGUACCGUCAAAGGCACCGGGUCAAGGCUUCCAAGAGGCAACAGAAGUCCCGAUCUCACCGUUGAUCUCUCGAAACCGUUGAUACCGGUGAUGACGCCAGCUCCGCCACCUCUAGCCCCCAUGUCGCCAAUGGGAAUGUCCCCACUUGGCCCAUUAUCGCCGACGAGACCUCUCAGCCCACCACCAUCCAUGACACCACCGAAACAAAUGACGCCUCAACGCGUCCUCUCACCACCCCCGGCAAGUCCACUCGGUAAGCGCUCCCCCAGUCCAAAGAUCAUUCACCAAAGGCCACCCAGUCCACCAGGACAAGCUCCGCAAAGCUCCGGAAGCGCUAGCUCCAGCUCCGAUUCCGGAUCCGACUCCGGCACCGACAGCAGCGAUGACUCCGAGGACGAAGUCGCUCCAGCCCCUGCCAAAGGCCCGACUACACCGCCUUCCGUCUCACCCAAACCAACCCUCGAAGAACCCCCACCAGCCGUCGAGGAAUCCAAACGGUGGAAUCUCAGCAGCUUUUUUAACAAAACCGCCGUUCAAUCGGGGGAUCAAAAUUCCGAAAAUAAACCUCUUCAGGAUGACACGGCUAGACGGGGAAGUUCACCGGAGAGAGUCAACGCGGAAUCGAGAACGCGUCGCAAUGAUCCUGGUCACGCGAGCAACACGGAUUGGCAACUCGAUGAAGCUCUGAAGAGGACGAGAAACGCGCCCAUGUUGACCCUGUUGAGCGAUAGCGACCACCAUUCAGACGCUGAUAAACCGAUGCGUCAAUCGGUCGAAGAGACAAGGUCACAGGCUGACAAACCAAAGCCCCAGGACGCGAGGAAACGUGGACGUCCGAGAAAAUCAACGAAAAGUCCGAAGGGUCGGAGAACCCCGUCCGAAGAUCCAAAGUCGAGCGGUGGAAAGGCGCGUAGUAGAACGCGAGUCGUCAGUAGCCCAAAGAAAAAAGUGCCGAUCUCAAAACCUACGGUCGACACGAGUGACGAUGCAACCGACGCGAGGUCUCCAGAACGUUCGAGCGACUCGGAAGCAGAGCGACCUCGGAUCAGUUCGCCGGUACCAGCGGCGGAGAAGCGUCGAUCACGAUUGAGUAUAACGUCGAGCGACGAGGAGAGAGUACUCAAUAAGAGUAACAGCGGUUCGGAAGAAGAUCCCCGCUGGCGAAGGUUAUCCCUGAAGCGGAGCCGACACGGUGAAUCUCCGACGAAAAAGUCAGAGAAGAAGAAGAGUCCGGCGAAAUCGAAAUCUCGACGCCCUCGAUCGAGAAUAACGAAUACGUCGGGCUGUGCCACGGAUUCCGACAGCGAAUCCGAGGUCGCGCUGCGAAACAACCGUAUUCAAGUAGCCCGGGUACCACCGAGACCUAGAGCGCCCUUGACGGCACGUGCCACCUCGCCGGAUAACUCGGACAGCGACAAUAGUCCAGCCCCGAAGUUACAGGAGGAAGAUGGUGGCAACGUGCAGGACAAGAAAAAGAGCGACACUCUGAGGAAGCUAUUUUCGAGCGCGAAAGGCGGUGGGAAAGGAGGCAAAGGCGGAAAAGGUGGAAAAGGGGGUGGAAAAUGUGGCAUCUACGUGGAGGAAUAUACGGGCGGUGCAGCGAACACACCGACCGGUAGCGAAAGUCCUUACAAAAGACCAUCUUCGCAAGCCUCAACGGCCACGAGUUUCCCACCAUUGGUUUAUAUCAACGGGGUACCGAGUUUACUCUGUCGACUUGAUCUCAAUAAAAUUCCACACAUACCACAAUCUUCCAGAGGACAGGAACUGAGGCAACGCACCGAAUUGCCGGACACGAGGCCACCCUCGAGAACAUCCUCGAGGCCAUCCUCGAGACAAGCUGCUUCGAACAAUCUACCAUCAGGAGCACCGUCGACGGCUACCAUGUCGACGCCAGCGCCGCGACCCUCAACUCCCGAAGAAGGUGAAAUCAUCGAAACUCCGAGACCUCCCUCCUCAGCUGAUUUAAGGACACACGGUGAGACUGUGAGUGUUAAAGUGAGCGAGGAAAACGAAGAUAUUGGGAUCAAGAGCAAACGUAGCGUUAGUAAAAACGAAACGAAUGAGACCGAAUCAAAAAACCGAGCUGUUCCCGGUGGAAGCGGUAACUCUAGUUGUAGUGCGGGUGUUGGCGGUCACAGUGGUACUUCCGGUAGUUCUUCCGCGACAAACACGAGUUCCGGUUCUAGUGGAAGUGUCGGUAUUGGUAGCGCUAGUGUCGUCCCUCCGGCUGCUGGUAUAAGUGGCAGCGCGCCAAAACGAAAACGUAAUUUGAGCUGUAGCUCAGUGUCGGGUGUGAGUGUCUGUUCCGUUGACUUGAAGGUUAAACGCAGUGGUGAGCACAAAGAGAAGAAGAAAAAGAAACGAAAACACGCUGACAAGGAACCCAAUCCGUCGAGACCUUCGUCUAGUUUGCAACAUGACGUUCAACCUACGAAUCAUGAGCGGGAAGAACAACCCGACAUGAAUCUGUUACCACCGCCGGCGGCACCGCCCCAGCGUGUCUACUAUUCCUACUUCAAUCAUCAGAGGGAAGUUUUGGAGGAUCUGGAUAGGGACCAGAAUCAGUACCUGACGGAAGCAAAAAGAUUGAAGCACAGUGCCGACGAGGAACGUGAUCUCACGGCACAAGGCAUGCUGUACUUGGAGGCGGUACUGUACUUUUUGUUGACCGGCCACGCUAUGGAGUCUUAUCCCGUAACGGAUAGAGCAUCCUUUACCAUGUACAAGGACACACUUAGUCUUAUAAAAUGGAUAUCGUCAAAAUUCAAGAGCCAACAAAACAACUCACCCGAGAGUAGUAUACACAAUAAAUUGGCAAUCUUGAGCUUGUGGUGCCAGUCCCUCAUUUAUCUUAAACUCUACAAAAUGCGCGAGCACGAAGUAAAGGAGUACCAAAAAAUACUAGCUGAUUAUCAUCAAAAGCCGGCGCAACCGACACUAGUACAAGCCGAGGGCCAAAACACACCGUCCUUGUCACCGACCCCAUCGCCUGCUGGCUCGGUUGGCUCGGUCGGCAGUCAAAGUUCCGGUUACAGUAGCGGGGAAUUGGCAAAUCGCGGCGCUGUUGCGGGUCAACCACCUGCGGUAACGUACGUCAGCGUACCGAUGAGCAUUCACACCGCUAUGCAGAAACAGAAUCAGCAAUUUUCGUUACUCAUUAAUUGUCACGAACUCUGGGAUCAAGCGAAUGCUCUUGUGACCGAGAGACAUAGAGACUUCUUCAUCGAGCUGGAUGAGAAAAUGGGUCCUCUGACGUUGAAGAGCUCGCUCUGUGAUUUGGUGCGUUACGUUCAAGCAGGAAUAAAGAAGUUGCGAGCCCUCUGACCCCAGUGGCACAGCCCCCGGCCGCCGACCCCCAAUUACAUAACUUCGCUACCACACAACAUGGCGACGUAUCCGAGCAUGUUGACGUAACCUCCGCGAAGCUCAUGUCGCUGAAAAGGCAAUAAUAAAUUCGAAAGAAAAAUCCUGGACACUGGCUUGACGAGUGGGGUCCAAAUAGGAUAGUCGGCAAAAAGGAAUUGGCAGUUAAACGCACGUUUGGCGCAGUAUCAAAAAAACAAAAUCUUGCGGUAGUAAUCUACCGCAAUUUCUCCCAAGGCAACGAGAGGAUAACCCUACGAAUGGAACUGUUCGAAGAAGCAUGUAAGGGGCCAACGAAAGCAUUCGUUAUACCAGAUAGAACUUAACGAGUCAAUAACGAUUAUUACUCGAUCCGCCGAAUCUAAGAUGUUGUUUUGUUUUUUAUUGAGAAACCUAAAGCAAUUUACUUUCCGGUGAGACUGAUAAGAGCGCAUCACGGAAAAGUGAAAAACUCGUACGAACGAGACAAAUGAAUCUUGGGGGCACAGGCGGAACGUGAUCCAAUUGCGUUUUUACGCUGAUCGAGAUGCAGAAACGAAAAAAAGGGAGAGGCUGCGAAAUUUAGAAAAUGAAGGGAACUUGAGGCCUGAAUCGUGAACGACGAAGUGCCCACACUCGCCUCUACUUUUUCUCUCCAGAAAUGUCCUGCUUUUGUAAUAUGUGCGUAGAUACAAUAAUAGAAAAUUGUCGAGUGCGAGUCUGAAAAUACGAAAAAUGGCGAUUCUCGAACUACUGACACCUUGACAGUCGAAACAAUCGACUCGUUCUUAGUCUCUCCUUCCCCCUUCGUCCGAGACGUUGGGACCGCAGUUCCACUCGCAUCCUCUCGGAUGAUUCGCAACCCCGAAUCUAUAGUUUAUUACGUAUAUAGAUAAAUAUAUAUGAAGGAAAUAAAAAGCAGAUGUAGAUCUAUACAAGUGUAUACAUACAGAUACAUACUUAUAUAUAUAUGUAUAUGUAUAUGAGAAGAAGAGGAAAUACAGGAGAAGGCUCGUUUAUUGAGACCACUGAAGAUGUAGAAAGAAAACAACGCUCGUCCUGGACGCACCGCGGGUCUACAGGAGCCACCGCUAUACAAAAUAAGAAUAAACAUACACAAAUACAAAACCUUGACACAGAGAUGCGGUGAAACAAAUGGAAGGAGAUGAGGAAUGAUUGGCCGAAAUCAAUUUUUUUUUUUACAUUAAGCAAUGACAUGGAAUCGGAGAACAUAGCUUUUAGUCGUAAAUACGCAACAACAGAAACAACAAAAAACUAAAAACCAACAACUAAGAACAAAAUACAAAUUCGUAAAAUAAAUUAGAGUUUAACUUGUUGAGGGACGUAGUGGUUUCUAGAAUACAAUGAUAAUAAACGCCGCGCGAGAUAUUGGGAGAGAGUUUGCAAUUAGUUUGACCGAGUAACAAAAGAUGAAACGGCAACAAAUAUGAACAAACAAACAAACAAACAAAAGAGCAGAAAUCGUGGAGAGGCUUUAAGGAGGCAAUUACGGGGAGGAGGUUAAGAACUCGUAUGUGAAGAGUAUAAUAACGAGAAAACAGAAGUAAUGAUGUAAGUUGCUCAUGUGUAUAUUUUUGUAAAUAGGUAUUGUGAGUGCCGCCGCCUUGAGGGCAGAGUCUCAAACCGCGCAUAAAUUUUGUCUUGCGGUCGGGCUCUUGUCCGCCCCAAUUUUUGCUACCACGUCUUAUCGAGGAUAUUCCAGUCUAUUUCUGGAAAAAUUUCUGUCUCCACCAAGAAUCUUUUGUAAUGAAGAAGCUGUCUCUCUCUCUCUCUCUCUCUUAAUCACUGCUACCCUCACUCUUACCCACGUUUUAUAUUGCUCUUGGCCUUUACGAAUUACACAACGUUUUUUCCUUUAUCCAUUGCAUAAACUCGUCCGAUUAAUCAAACAAAAUUAGUCAGCGUUUUAACAUUCUUUUUGUAUUCCGUUGAUCAUAACGCGAACAUGGUGUCCCAGUGUGUGUGUGUGUGUGUGUGUACGUGCGUAUGGAAGGGGAGGGGGGGGGGGCGUGUGCAUGUGUGUGCGCGUGCGUAUAUGUGGUAAUAAAGGAAACUGGAAUGAAAUUGUCUUUCACAUGUAUGUACGCGAAAAUGAAUAUGAUUUAUAAAAUUGGAACGGGAGAACGAAUUGUUGGCGUAGAUGGUCGUGGUUGGCGGGCCACUGGUCCUAGGUAAACUAAGCGUGCGCGGUCCAAUGGUUCACGGGGUACAAUUUUAUAAAUUCAGCAAAUUAUUUUGCUGAAAAAAAUGUCAAAUGAAAACUAUAAGAAAAGGGAAUUAAAAAAAAAUGUCAUUACGAGGAUAGAAGAAAGAAAAGAUGGACGAUGAAAACGAGAGUGAAAGUUGCUAUCAAAAUAAUUUUUUUUUUUUUGUAUUUUCGAGAUAAUAAGAGAUAUCAUGUAUAUCAUACAUGUGUUAUGAUAUUAUAAUCGUAUGAUGUAUAUCAGGCCCGGAACCCACCGACUUUCGACCAUCCGACGAAGCUCGUUAUUCGUAAAUUCUCCCGUUCAUCUCGGUUAUCGGAGAAAAAAGAAGACUCCGAAAAGAGUAAAUUUUGCAUACUUCGCUCACGUCAGAUGUCGGUUGUUAUUCAAUAUAGGAUAGUUAUUUUUCGAGAAUAUCGUUCUUUAUUAUUGCUAGGUAAAAUAGAAGUUUGUUUAACAACAGUAUAUUAUAAGCAAGAAAACUGAUUGAAAAAAUGUUGAAAAAUCAAUAAUUAGUCAACUUUAUCAGCCGGAAGAAAUCACACGAAACAACAUACAGAGUGACAUGUCGAAAAUAAGAACCGAGAAAACCAAGAGAGCCAGAGAACUAGAGAGAGGGAGAGAGUGUGAGAGAGAGAGAGAGUGCAUGGUUGAAACGGGAAAUAGAUGUCAAGCGAUCCCCGACGAGAUUUAUUUAAAGCAGUUCGUUUCAACACGAGCCUUCACCACUUACACUAUAAUUGUAAUAUAUUUAUAUACUUGCAUACAUAUGUAUAUAUAUAUUUAUGCAUGAACAAACACUUACACCACAAAACUAUCAUGAUUAAUAUUAGGUUAAUAUUACAUUAUUAUUGCUACAUUAUUAUAUCAUAAUUAUUUUAUUAUAUUCGUACCGAACAGUAUACAUAUAUUUAUAUAUAUAUAUGUAUAAGUACAUGUAAUUAUACAUAAAUAUAUAUAUAUAUAUAUAUGUAUGUAUGUAUAUGUAUUGAUAAUUGCCCAUUUUCGAUGAAAGUUCCGUUGAAACUGAACUUGUCUGUCCUCGUGGUUGUGCCAAAAAGUAUAAAAGAAUUGAGAAUAAAUCGAAAAAUAUUUCGUGAACGACGGUUUUAAUCAUCAAUCUGUUAUUUCGAGAAGUAAAACAACUAGCACGCGUAAUUGAAAUUUCGAUUUUCUCGCUAAAUUGAGUAUUGAAGAGAUCGUGAAGCUCGGUGGACAGAAGAGUUUAGUGAAUUCAGGGCCGUGGGUAGUGGGCGGUGCGUGUCAACACGGUGCACAAGUAAUUCGUUAUUUUACGUAGGAUCACGUUUUUUUUGGCUCUUUUUCUUUCUCGUCCUUCCUACUACGAGUCUGUAUUCGUGCAACAGCGCAAUACGACUAUUUGCUGGGAUAAACUUCACGUGCGCACACGUGUAUAUAGACAAAGUUCCGAUUUUAUAAUUUAGAGUGAUAUCAAGAGAAUUGAGAAACCGUUGGAAGAAAAUCGCUCGCCUUUCCUAACUUUGAUGAGCAUCAAAGAUUUUCCUCGGAUAGAUGUAUAGUUCAUUUCAACAAAGCGCGUACGAGAUUUUUUACGCAAUUGCCCCGUCGAAUAGAAAGAGAGAGAGAGAGAGAGAGAGAGGGGGGGGGGAGUCAGUGCUCGUGUGCAAAACGUAUCGUUUCAUAUUUAUUUUAAAAUAAACUCCAAUUACCAGUAAAUACGAGAACAAAAAACUUAAAAAAUAUAUUUCUGAUACACGAAUCAACGAAAAUCUAUGUACGCUGAUUUAUAGUUUAUGGUAUACGUUUCUUUUCGAUCGGAAUGAAAAAUGAAGGACACACCACGUGUGCACACGUUUGAGAAUUCUUACCCCAAGAUUCGGGAAUAAUCGAACAAGAAGACUCGGGCAAACGGACAAUCCGAUAAGGAAUUCAGUUUCACGAUAUUUCUUCUUCUUUUGAAAGGUUCUUUUUGUUUUCAACUUUAGAGUGGCACGUAUGCAAGCGUUGGAAAUCUUUUUUUUUAAUGGAAAUGAAGCAGUAUGAAAAAAAGAUAGGAGAAACAAUAAAGAGUGAAAGAGAGAGAGAGAGAGAGAGACAUGUGAAGGACAACCGCACCAAGGAGAGACCAAACUCGCUUAAUGAGAAAUAAUUACCUAUUCGCUUUUUAUUUAUUAUUAUUAUUAUUAUUAUUAUUGAUUAAUUAAUUAUUAUUAUAUUUAUUGGUGUGAAGGCUGAGAAACACCGUCGAGCCAACACUCCGACGCAGUAAAUUGUUGACACUAAUCUUAUUGUUACUUAAAUAAUAUUGUUCAAGUUAAAAGAAGGAAUAAAUUCAUUGAACAAAAAGAAAUCGAUUGUGGGUUGAAGAAAAAAAAAUGUAUCGUUUAUUAUUGCGCGUGUGUUUUCUACCCGAAUAAUUAUUUUUUCUUGUACAGCAACGAUUUUUCCAAGGACGGAAUAAUAAUAUUACAUUAACUUUUCGUACUCGUCUCGUUCUCUACUGUCGAUAAGGAAAAGAAUAGUGUGAGAAACUCACAGAGAAAAUUCACUCGUAGUGUUGUACUGAAAGUCGAUGUGGGGGAAAAAACCCGUGAUUACACACGGCUCGUGAAAAAACUGUUUAUCGUUGGAUAACACCAUUUUUAGCAUUGUCAUGAAAUUAUAACGCUCGUCGGAGUGAUAUUUAUUAUUGGCUCGGCUCGGUAACCUGAACUUGUGUGAAAUUGCCGCACGCACAAAUAAAAAAUGUGAAAAAAACGUGCGAGUUCCAUGAAUCAUUGACCUCGCAAAUUUUAUGAUAAAUAAUAAUGAACACACAUUUCAAGCAGUUUCGUUGUUUCCUUUAAGUUUAUUUUGUUUUUAUUCUUUUAUAAUUUGUAUGAAAUCAAUGAUGUUUGUGCAACGAAAAAUCGUCGCGAUUCCGAGAUAAAUUUUCUAUGUUCCUGUUGUAAAAAUACUAUUUUGGCGACCCAAUAAACGCAAUGGGAAAUUGUCUUUCUGUUAUUUCCCGUCGAAAUCUGUUCGACCGAGCAUGUAGAAGAAAUUAGCCCGCUACCAGAAGCCGAUCAAUAUGGAAAAUCGCGCAUCGCCGAUUAUCGUUUAUCAGCUCAGUCAAAGUUGGCAUUUUUAUUUUUAUUUCUCGUCUCGAACAAUCACUAUUUCAUUACCCCUUAUGAAUAUUAUUGCAUACCAGGAUUAUUCUAUUUCGUUUGCGAAAAACGCGCUAGCCAAUCGGGGAUGGAGCACGCGUUCCACCUCGUUUUAUGCAUAAAUAAACCGAGAGGAAAAUGGAACUAUCCCUAUCAGCAGCUUCACUCAGACACGAUAUGAGAAUGAAGAAAUGGAAGAAGAAAAAAAAACAUUAUAACUGAAAAUAAAAAUAAAAGAAAUAAUAAAGAGAAUACGAGAAACACCGUGACAAUAUAUACAUAGAAAUAAUUGCGAGAUAUUUUGUGAACAGGGCUUUUUUACCUAUUUUAUAGUGUAUAAUCUCAGCUUGAACGAAUUGACACCCUUUGAACACAAGAAGAUAAUUAAAUGAACAAAAAGCGAUGAGCAAACAAUAACGAGAAAUAAUGAUUGUAACAAAUGAAUAAAUCAGUCUGUAAAUGCAAAAUAUAGGUAGGAUUGCCGCUGCGGUUAUGGGGAUGAUUCACUGCAACGUGUACUCUAUACAUACGAAUAAUAUUAUCUUAUAUAUAUAUAUAUAUACUUUUUUCUUUUUCUUCUGUUCUUAUUUCAAUUGUUUUUUUUUCACUUACUGUUUGCGCCCUACGUUUGGAUUAUCAUUAUUAUAAUGACCUUAUAUUAUUGUGUAUAUGGUAUAAAUUGUAAAAAGAAACGUAUUUACUAUAUCAUAUUCAUUUCUUGAGGAGUGACUGUCCUCCAAAUGAACAUAUUGUUUUAAAAUAAAUUGAAUGAAUAAAUAAAACAUUGACCAUGUCAAAUUAA